ACUCAAGAUGGCCGACAGGAAGCUCCGCCUCCCCCGUUGAUUACAUCCGUGCAACAGCUCUAUGGCCAGUAAUCUAAAGACUUGUAUUAGGAUUAGGUCCAAAGCGCAGGUUAACGAGCUUAAGUUUCAUGGACACUUGUGCUGCGGUCCCAGUCUUGAAGCAAUAGUCACUCCAUGGUGUCCUCUGGUACCACAACUUGCCCCACCUCCACGGCACUCAGUGCCUUACAUGCAAAUGCACUUGAUGAAAGAGUCCAGGAGUGAUACUGUUGAUGGCAUAUAUCAGAUAUACAAAGAUAGAGAUAAACUUGAAGUUCUCUUCAUUAUUGCUAGAGAGGAGCAACAGCAGCCAUUCUCAACUCCAGAUCUUCGUUUUAGGAUUAUAUAUAUUUCAAGGAGAUAUAAGAAAGAUGUACUGGAGCUGGCAGAGAAGGCAAGCGAUCUCGAAGUUACAGUCAAUAUCACAGAGUCUAAGAAUGAAG